AUGGAGGAUGAUUGCUUUCAUCCCAUCCUACCUUACAAAGCGCUGCUUCACGGAAGUACCAUUUCCAAGGCACACGCAACAAACAACCAACCGAAGACAUCAGACACCACGCACCCAACCCAAGACAACACGAUAGCCACCCAGCACAAGACAUCAGACACGAUAGCCACCCAGUCCAAGACAUCAAAUACGAUACCCACCCAGAUCAAGACAUCAGACACGAUACCCACACAUAUCAAGACAUCAGACACGAUACCCAUCCAGCUCAAGACUUUGGACAUAACAACCCAGAUCAAGACAUCAGACACAAUACCUGCCCAAAUCAAGACAUCAGACACGAUACCAACCGAGAUCAAGACAUCAUACUCGAUACCCACCCAGCCAUGUACAUUAGACACAAUACCCACCCACCCGGAGAUAUCAGACUCGAUACCCAUCCUGCCCAAGACAUCACACACGAUACUCACCCUGCUCAAGACAUCAGACAGGGUAUCUACGCAAUGCUGUACAUCAGACAAGAUAUGCACCCAACCUAAGACAUCAAGACAUCCAGCCCAAGAUAUUAGACACGAUACUCGCUCAGCCCAAAAAACCAAACACGCCACCCACCCAGCCCAAGACACCAAAUACGAUAACAACCAACCCAAGACAUUAGACGCUACCCACCCAGCCCAAAACAACCAGUCAGGAUACCUACCAACCCAAGACAUCAGACACGCUACCCACCCAGCCCAAGACACCAGGCACGAUACUAAUCAACAUAAGACAUCAGACACGCUACCCACACAGCCCAAGACAUCAGACACGCUACCCACCCAGCCCAAGACAACCAGUCACGAUGCCUACCAACCCAAGACAUCAGACACGAUUCCCACCCAGCCCAAGACACCAGGCACGAUACUAAUCAACCCAAGACAUCAGAAACGCUACCCACCCAGCCCAAGACACCAGCUACGAUACUAA